CUGUUGAUGCAGUGUGACGGAGACUUCCAGGAAGCCCUCAGGAGGAAGAGGAUGCAGUCGGUCACCCCUGCCACUGAGGAGAGUUUGUGGUCAGAGGAGGACUGCCGGAACUUUGAGAGCGGGCUGAGAAUGUACGGAAAGGACUUCCACAUGAUCCAGAAAACCAGGUUGCCAAUGAAGUCCGUUGGAGACCUGGUUCACUUCUACUACUUGUGGAAGAAGACGGAAAGGCAUGAUAUGUUUGCCAACCACGCGCGGCUCGGCAAGAAAAAAUACAACUUCCACCCUGGCGUAACGGACUACAUGGACCGGCUGCUGGAUGAGAGUGAGAGCCAGGCCUCCUCCCGAGCCUCCAGCCCAAACUUCAGCUCCAGCCUAAAGCACAAACAUCUGAUCAGCAGCAUGGGCUCCAGCAGCUCGGGUUACAUCCCCUCACUCGCCGACUUUAACACAGGCACCCCAACAAUCCCUGUCAUCGACCCCAACCUAGCGACCUCCAGUGCAGGUGGAUUUGACCUUGACGGCCUGGGAAUCCAGGCACUCAGCUCCCUACUUAACAACGACCUUGGGGGAAAUGACCUUCUGGACGGACAGCCACUGAAGAAGUUCAAGUCCGACCCGGAGGCAAGCGGGGGUUUGCACAGCUCUCGUGCUAACCACAUAUUUGAUGGUGGGGAGGGGGGCGGUAAGCAAGGUCACGAGGUGACCUUCACAGGGAUCGGCACGGCUGCCAUGGCGACCAUCUCGUCGGGCGGGCUGCACACGGAGAGCCUGCUGAUGACGAGUGCUCUGCGGCCGGGCGCGGCCAGCGUGGAGUCCUGCAGUCAGUAAUGUUAGCUGGGGGGGAGGGGGGCAACAACUUACCUCGCGGGCAGCCGAGAUGUACAUAUGUGAAUAACGGCUUCCCAGUCAAGUGUUACAGGAGGGAGGACAAAAGGCCAGGAUCCAACGCUUCAAAUAUUCACAUACUCAUGGAACCAACGCUUCAAACAUCCAUACACUCUUUUUUUGAAAUUUUGGGGUCCGCUAAGUUCUCAGAAAACAGCUGAACUUUCCAAAUUCUCAUCUGUAGGUUUGUGCAAUCAUGACUCUUGCCACGUAUUUUGCUACACUGUUUGCUAAAACUGGUAACAUGAAGUGACAAAAUGUAGGUACAACUGGCAACAUGCAGAAAGUUCACCUGUAUGAC